AUGGAGUUCGAUUUCGACGAGCUUUCGGAGUGCGAGGGCGAGGACUUGGCUGGCUACGCCUCAAUUAAGGAACAAAGCGGCUUGAAGAAGGAGAGCACAGACACGGGCGACGAGGGUACAAAGAGGUCGGUCGAGCUCCGUGAGAAAUGCGAGCGUUCCAUGCUCAGCUUUGAGCCAUCACAGGCCAAAGAGCUAAUUUCUGCCGCAGGAAAGUUGACAGCCAUGGAUGCUAUGAUCCCGUUUGUCAACCGGACGCGCGUGAGCAACGUCGUCCUUCUGGAGACGGAAAAUCCGGCACUCCACUCAAGCUUGCAGAGCGUCGGAGGUACUGGGGUUCAAUCCUUUGCAGCCUGGGAAUUUGAGGAUUCUGGUUGUUUCUCCAUCCUUUCUCUUGCACUUCAGCUGGCGACAGACGUGCUUGCACCGGAUCUUGCAUCAUCCUCUGACAACAAGCAUCCGGAGUGUGCUACGUUUUCGAUGCUUCCUGAUGCUUACACAGAUUGGACGCCUUUCCGGGUGCAACGGGGCCACUGCCCGUCGGAGGCCGGUGAUUGGGGCAAUGAGGGGAUUUGUUGUAAAGUCGGCUUUCUGAAGGUUUUAGAGGGCCUGAAAAUAGAACGAGGUUCUGCGGUAUUCAUGAGCCUACCUGUUUUGCCUGUAGGUCAGCACCAUGUGGGCUACCGCCUGGUGCAAGGAAAGGAUACACUCCACCACCGCCGCCCGAUCCGAAGCGCAAGGCCGCGCCCGCUCCUGGCUUCGCCGGCGCCAAUGCCUACGCCUACCCGCGCUUCCACUUCCAGCACGACGUUCCGAGUGGUGGUGCCACGUUCGGAGCAAUCCCACAGGAGGAAGACCCUCCAGGAUCUGAGCACUACCGGACGCUGGGAUUGCGCCCUGGGGCGGCAGCACCGGAGGCACGGACUCCACCUCCGUGGUCCGGAAAGCCUACCGACAGCUGGCGCUCAAGCUCCAUCCGGACAAGCAGACCAAGGACUUGGACGGAGCCCGCUUCAAGAAGGUCACUGCGGCUUACAAG